AUGUUUCGAAAUCGGCUCGUUCAAGAUGGCGGAUCGAGAGUGACUCCGAGAACACAGGGAGCCACAGCAAUGACUGUGAUUGCCAUGCUUCUCCUGUUUGCAAUGCUAAUAAUGGAGAUUGUGGUCUUUUUCACUUGUCGUGAGAACUACAAGAAGAUCCUCAUCGUUCUCAUUACGUUCGGAUUAAUUUCAUUGGCCCUAUUCAUCGUUGGUGCCAUUUUGAACUACACAGCAACUCCACAUUUUGGCGCUUGGUUGAUCGCUGCCUGCUGUCUGAGUUUCAUAUCUGCAAUCAUCACUGUGAUUGAUCAUUAUACUGAACAUAUUGUGUAA